AUGCAUCCCGCAAGGAGAAAAUUUGCAAUUGUUGAAUUCAAAGACACCAAUGAAGAUGAGCUGGUUUCAAUGACAUGGAUUACGAAAGACCAGAAGGAGUGUUUCUGGCCAAAUUUUAAGAGCAAUACCAAACAGAAAAUGGCAGUGCGGCAGUGUAAAUUUCCAAACUCAACUGACUUCAAGAAGUUUACAGUGAAAACUUUAUACCAGACCAAGGACUAUGAGAAGGGACGCGAGAAGGAGGCUGAGUCUAAGUCAGAUUUACAGACAAAGGCUGAGGAUGGGGAAAUCACAGCAAAAAGAACAAAAAGACCAAAUCCAAAAUAUGAUAGUGACACUGACAGAGAAAGUGAUUAUGAAGGAAACUUGAGAACACCAAAGAAAAAAAGAAAAGAGUGACAGAUUUGCCACCACUGCCACUCUUACCCAUCCCGCCAUCACCAGCCUAGACCCUUGAGAGAACAAAAACCCAUUAAGGGCCCUUCAGAGAACAAAAACUCAUAA